AUGAAGAUCUUGACAAGCAUUUUGAUUAUACUUUGUGUAGCCGUUGGAACCAUUUUCUCGUCAAUCCUUCAGUCUUUUGGUUCAGAAGAUCAGUACGAGGUUCGUGUCAUUAAUGGCUUCACAAACAACUCAUCGUUGCCUCUGGUGAUUUGGUGUACAUCUUCCAUGGAAGAUGAAAUCGGUGGACGUGCUCUUCAAGAGGGAGAUGAUUUUGGUUGGAGUGUGAGGACUAGUUUUUGGGGUCCUAGUGGUAAUAGUUUCUUUUGUACAAUGAAAUGGGACCAAAAGAGGAAGAAAUUUGAAGCCUUUAAGGUUUCUAGAGAUGUUCAUCGUUGUGGGUUGUAUAGAAUGUGUUCUUGGUUGGUCAAGGAAGAUGGGUUUUACUUCAGCAAUGAUGAAGUUAAUUGGGUAAGGGACUUUUCUUGGUCAUAAUAUGUAUAUAUAUAUACAGAGAGAGAGAGAGAAAGGUGGCCAUAUA